GUGUCAGGUAUAAUGUCAGUUACGUCAAAAAUAAACGAUUGGGGGUUGGGGGAAGAAAUAAAAUAAAGUUGCUUAAAUAAAUCUAAGUUAACUAAACAAGUACAACAUACAAGUGAAGAGUAUUUUACGAAUGUAUUUAGCAUUUAUAAUAUUAGUUUACAUAAAUAAGUAAGAAACAUUUCUGUAAUGAACUUCAAAAACUUUAGGAUUGUAAAGCAGGUACAAACGUUAUGCCGUAAUCAUGUUGGUUAUUUUAAAACCUAUAGUACUCUAAAAGUACACACAGUAGUAAGGAAUAGAAAUAAUCCAGUAAAAUACAAAAUAUCACUUUCAUCAGCAGUAUGUGUUUAUUCAUCAGAUAGUAAAAAACACUUCUUAGAUUUAGAGAAAAAGGCAGUAGAUUUCAAAGAUGCAUUUGAGCAUAAAAAGGAACAAAUAAAAGAGACUGAACAUCGAAUUCGACAAAAAGGCGUUCAGUUGGUUAAAGAUAUCAAACAACAAAAGGAAAUUACAGAACAGAAAAUAAGAGUAAAAAAGGACUACAUCAUUAAAGAUUUACAAGAAACUAAAGCCAAAGUUAAGGAGAAAUUUGAAGAAGUUGUGGAGAGAGAAAAUGUGUUCACAAUACCAAACAUGCUGUGUGUUGCGAGGAUAACCAUGUCUCCAUACUUGGGGUAUGUUAUUCUCCAGGAUAACUAUAACUUAGCUUUGGGCUUGUUAGUUUUUGCUGGAGUCACAGAUCUACUUGACGGUUGGAUAGCACGAACAUGGAAAAGUCAAUCAUCAAAAAUGGGAUCAUUUUUAGAUCCAAUGGCAGACAAAGUUUUGGUUGCAACACUAUUUGUUUGCUUAACAUGGCAAGACUUGAUACCACUUCCGUUGACGCUACUUAUAAUUGCGAGAGAUGUGGCAUUGGUUGCUGCUGGUUUUGUGAUCAGAUAUAAAAGUCUACCACCACCUAGAACCUUGAGCAGAUAUUUCGACGUGACGCACGCCACUGCACAACUGGCGCCCACGUUCAUUAGCAAAGUGAAUACAGCAAUCCAGCUAUUAUUGGUUGGCACCACCCUCGCUUCACCCGUAUUUGACUACGUGCAUCAUCCUGCGUUACAAAUACUUUGCGGAGUCACAGCCGCGACCACAGUUGUAUCAGCGCUAAGCUAUCUUAUUAGAAAAGAUACAUAUAAAAUUCUUAAGAAAAAAUUAUGAUAAAACACAAAGAAAGUUACAUAAAUGUAUAAAAAUUGUAAAUAAAUACAGUUUUAUUUAUUUCAAAGUUUCGUAACAAGGUUGUUCGCUUAUUACAUUGAAACCUAUAUAUAGUCAUAAAUGUCCUGUGUGAGUCAUUAUAUUACACAAACAGAAUUUACUUCUCGGCCUAGAAACCAAUUCCCGGCAUACAUCUUAACGAAUAUGACCUAAUAACUUGAGAACGAUUUUAAAAUUUGGUUUCACUUCAGGUAUCGCUAACUAAAAAAACCAUUUUACAAAUUCAAGACAUUCUGAAAAUUUUUAAACAAUCUAAAUACUUGCAGAGGUAAUGAAGGAAACAUCAAUUAUAGGAUUAAAGUCAAAACGGAAUAAACGACGUCCGCGUCUUCUGAGGGUCAAGGGUUUGAGUCCACUUGAGUCAAUUUCUAAUUUUAGCGUUGAAAUUAAACUUUACUCGUAUUGUUUAUCUAUUUAUUAAGAUAUGAGAUAUCUAUAUUUAUCUUAUCAAAAACUAGCUGAUUAUAUUGUAAUAAAGCUACUCGAUAGUAAAAUAGCCAGCUACUAUAUCUAUGUAUGUUCACAGAAGUUCCAAAUAAACUAUAUAUAUAAAUACUAGGAUGAGUUUCAUUUCCUGGACUGCGUCUGGAUUUUCCUUACGAUCUAAGAAUAUCCUUCGAGGUCGUUGCCAUCUUUACUAUAAUAAAAGUAAAUAGUUUGCAUUUAAUUACAUACAGAAUUGUAUUUUAGUUUAUGUUUUUUUUAUCGAGAAACGAAAUAAUAAUAUAAAAGUAUAUUACUAAGUUUAUAACCGAUAAACAAAAGAUCGUGAGUUCGACAUAUGUACUCCAAUAGUCGUGGGUCGUGGAUUGAAUUUCGUAGUAAUUUGUAGAUGGUAUAUCUACAUGAAUUUAUCAGGCGGACAACAUAUUAUAGUUAUAAAUAUUACACGCUCAAACAGCUAAUUUUCAUAAUGUAAUCAAUUCCACUUUUAAACAUCAUAUUUUCUUCUGUAUCUUAACAUCAUAAUCUUAACAUCUCAACACACUAAGUGCUUCCAACUUCACUUUACGUAUCGCAGUGACACUGAAUGUGUUGAGGAAAUAUUUCUAUUUAGUGUACAUUAAGGAACAAUAAAUGCAAUAACUACAUCAUGCAUAAAAAAGGGAAGUAAUAAAUGUAGAUACAAAAUAUUGAUCAAUUUAUUUCCUCAUUCUAUUCACAUGAAUAAACAUUUACGUACAAAAUAUCGAAAUCAUAAAAAAAAAACAUGAAUAUGAUACAAAAUUACACUUAAAGUAAUGAAAAUUUUAUAACACAAUACAAAGGAUUUGCUAAUUAUUGGGCUGAUAAAAAUAUGAAUUACAUUUCAAACUAAUAUACUUUAAUAGAUGAAUGUGAAGUAUUUCGAAUGACAAGGAAUUUCACGUUAAAAAGAAAUAUAAAAAUAAUUAUGUGGAAUGUUACAUACUGCAUAAAUUUGUGUAAUGACAAAGAAUUAAACAGAUUGAUGAUUGUUUAAAAAAAAUACAAAACUAUAGAGAUGAUAACCAAUUCGUUUCAUACAAAAAUAUAAUCACAGUGCAAUACAUUGCAGAUUUAAUGCUGUAUUCAGCAGAACAAUCCAGUUAUACAUGUUUAGGACAUUUUAAUGAGAUCUUUUUUUUUACUUUUUAUGAUUAUAUUACUGAUGUUACACACUGGACACUAAAUGUUACAUCUAGAUUUAACAACUAGUAAAUGUUAAUUUUGUAAAUGUGAAAAACAUAGAUUUAUAACCUAUAGGUGUUUAAUCCAGAGCUCAAAUGUGAGGAUAAAAAAGGCCUCAUGUACUUUUACUGGGGUAAAUUUCCUUCAGUGUUGUCAUUUACAAAAUAAAUUGACAUAUCGAUAAACGAAUCUUAAUUAGACAUAAACCUCAUAUCAAAGACUUGCCUAUAGGUCACAUAUCUAUGGUGAAAAGUAUGCAAUAAUUAAUCAUUACAUAAUGGACUAAAUGGAUGGUGAAGGUUAAUCUCUGUAAAGGCACACAUACACUAGAUGCUCAGGUUUACUUUUGUCAAUAAAUUAUAUUAAAUAAUUUAAUUAAUCAAACAUUGUCAACUAUGUAAUCUUUUUGGUAUAUUUUCAAUUAAUUAAAAAAAAGAACAAAAAAGCGUUACUCUCUGUUGAUAAAUAAAAAAGCUUAUGGGAAGUAUUUGCAAUCAUGCUCUUUGAAAAUAAUUUAAACCAUUAAUUCAUUGUUCUUGACAGUCAAAAUGGCUUUGCUAUUGUGUAGACUAGAAGAAUGUGAACUACAUUUAGAGAUCUGAUAAUAUUUAUUUUUUAAAAGAUAUAUUGUCAUUUUUUGCUAAAACAUUUUUAGGAUAACUAUUCAAUUCAAUAUACUGAAAAU